AUGGAGCCCCCCCCCCGGGAAGGGGUAGGUGCGGGUCCCCCGCACCCCUCCCCCGACAUCGCCCUAGCGCAUACGCCACCAGCGGCGUAUGCUACGCCGACGGGCGUUUUUCACGCGCCCGCCGCCGCCGUCUCCGCCGCUGCUGUCGCCGCGGCGCUCACCGCCGCCGAUGCCGCCGCCGCGGCCCCCGCCGCCGCAGUUUCGAACACCAACACGGCGACGACGACGACCGCAGCAGCAUCUAAUGUAACUGCCGCCGUCACCGCCGCCGUCACCACCACCGUCACCGCCGCCACCACCACCGUUGCCGCCACCGCGGCCGACACCGUUGCCGCCGCCGCCGCCGCCGCCGCCGCCACUUCUUCCGCCGCCGCUGCCGCUGCCGCCACCACCGCCGCCGCCAGCGCCGUCACCCCGGCCACCGCCGCCUCCGCGGCAGUCAGGACCGCCUUCGCCGCUACCGCCGCCCUCGCCGCCGCAUCCACACCCGCGCCCCUCGCGUCCCUGUCCCCAAAGGGAUGGAUGAAGAGGGACGCGGAGAUUCUCGUCCGGCUAGUGAAGGGGAACUGGCUGUCGCCGGGGCUGGCCCAAUGGAUGGCCGUAUACCUGCGCCUCAAAGAGAAUGAGGUGCGGGGGGUCGCCCCGUCGGUCGCCGACCUGACGGCGCUGGACUCAGCGAGGCGGGGGGUGAUUGCACUGCCCCCCGUCGAUAUGGGAACGCCGAGGGGGAGGGUAAUUACCUCCCUCCUGAAGAGGCCGGCCAGCCCUGAUGAAGAAGGCCAAAAGAAGAAGCCGCGCGCCAUCAACAUGGGGGAGGAGGAGUCCCGCUCCUCCACACAGGAGCCGUCGUCGUCGGGGUCUAUGGCGGACCUGACGGUGACGGAAGCAAGCCGCCGCCCCCUGCAGCGCGCGGCUACGAUGGCGUCGGAGCGCGGCUCGGAGGCCGCCGCCGCCGCCGCCGCCGCCGAAGCGAAGAUGAAGCCUCCGCCGGCCGGGAGAUCGGCGAUCCCGAGAUGGCAGUCCCGGGACCCGCGCCGCGCCCAAGCGGGGGCGGACUCAAAUCGCGCGCCCGCCCACGCGUCCGCCCAGGCGCCCGCCCAGGCGCCCACACAGGCGGCCGCCCACGCAGCCGCCCGCCCGCCCGCCCAAGCAGACGCCCGCCCGCCUAACCAGGCGCCCGCCCAACCAGCCGCCCGCCCGCCCAACCAGGCGCCCGCCCAACCAGCUGCCCGCCCGCCCAUCCAAGCGGCCGCCCAACCAGCCGCCCGCCCGCCCAACCAGGCGCCCGCCCAAGCGGCCGCUCGCCCGUCCGCCCAGGCGCCCGCUCAAGCAGCCGCUCGCCCGCCCGCCCAGGCGCUCGCCCAGGCGCCCGCCCAGGCGCCCGCCCAGGCCCCCGCCCACGCAUCCGCCCAACGCGCGCCGCCCUCGCUGGCCGCUCCCGCGGUAUCAUUUGCCCGGGUAGCGGCCGGCACCGGAGCCCCGCUGCCUCAAAGGAAAGGGGCACAACGGGGAGCAGCGCCCCGCGCCCCGCCCACCACCUCGGCACCCGCCGCCUCCACUUCAGCCACAGCUGCGGCCUCCACCACGGCUGCAGCCACCGCAGCCGCCUUCACCGCCACCGCCGCCGCCUCAGCCGCCCCGCCGCCGGCACAAGCGCCCCGGGAGCCGCGCUAUCCUCGUAUCUGUGUGGACCACCUACCCAAUUGGGUGGCCCACUUUAAGGAAAUAAGCCGCCUUCUGGGACGCUCGCCGGCCGCCGUCGCGCGCGGAAGAGGCGUCCACUUCACGCCGAGGGACGGCAACGAGUAUCGAGUUGUCCAGCGCUACAUGAACACGCUGGACGUGCAAUGGCACUCAUACUCGUUGCCAUCAGACCGACCGUUGAAGGUGGCCAUCCGCGGGCUGCCGCCAGACACCGAGGAGGCCGCAUUAAAAGAAGAUCUGGAAAAGAAGGGCUAUGAGGUGGAGGCCAUCAAAGCCAUCCGGGGCAGGGGAGAUCGCCCUGGAUGCGUUUUCUUCACCCUCCUGGCACGGACUCCAAAUUGCCAGGAGGUGUACACCGUGAAGGAACUUCUCCACUGGCCAACAUUGAAGAUCGAGGCGUGGAGGGGCAAACAGGGACCCGCCCAGUGCCACCGGUGUCAAUUGUUCCGGCAUUCGUCGGUCAAUUGCCACCGAUCAAUCGUCUGCGUACGCUGCGGCGGGCCCCACAAGGCCACGGAAUGCGAGCGGCCCUUGGACCAGCCCGCCACCUGUGCGAACUGCGGAGGACCGCACCCGGCCAACCACUCGUCCUGCCCGGUGCUGCGGCGCGAAGCAAGGAACAGACGGGCUGGCCCAGUCGCUCGCAGCGGUACCGCCCCCACGCCCCGUAACACCACAACCGAGGCAGCGGAGGGUUCUUUGAUGGCCCCCGCCAACCCACCGACCGUCAGGGGAGCAGAGCUCCCGAAAAAGAAAAGGAAGAAGAAGAAGAAGAAGAAUGCCGCCGCCGUGAGCUCUGCCCCCGUGGCGGAAGAAGAAGCGGCCGUGCCGACUCCCCCGGCGCCGCAACCCACUCCCGCGCCUGCCCCGGCUGCACCGAUCCCACCAGAGCACUUUUACGCGCUGGUGCAGUCGGUGCAACAGAUGCAGGCACUACUGGCCGCCCUCGUCCCCGCGGCCCCCCUCAGAGGCGUACCCACCCCUAACCUCUAA